GCUACCCUUCCCAGUGCCCCUGGCUCAUUUGUCAGUCCCCACCCCACUCGAGGCCGGCAGCUCCUUAAACUCGUACCCACCGUUCAGUGGGGCCCCGAACUGUGGGCGCUGUUUCUGAAUCCUACGGUGGGGAUUUCUGGACUUUGGGGCUCUUGGAGAGACUUCCGGGCUGGUCCUGAGGGAGGGAGGGUGCGAGCUAAAAGAACAGGUAAGGGGAGUGCCCACUCCUCGGGUGCGUACCGCGGGCCUCCCCUCUCUGCUCCUGUUCGUGGUGGCUGGAAAUGCCCUUUGCCUGUAGGCUUCUGUGGGCUCUGUUCCUCUCAUAGAGUGGCAAGCUUAUUUUAGGAGAAGACAGAGUGGGGGUGAAGGUUGUAGGGUCUUAGGGCCAUUCCUACUUCUGGUAGCAGUACCCCCCCAAGUGGACAUCCUGGCUGAAAGCAGAGCCCCGUCGCCGCCCGCUGUGCUAUGAGCAGUCAGAGCGCCGUCUCCACAAGAGUUUACAAAUGAAAAUGGAGGAAAUGUCUUUGUCUGGCCUGGAUAACAGCAAACUAGAGGCCAUCGCUCAGGAGAUAUAUGCCGACCUGGUGGAGGAUUCUUGUUUGGGAUUCUGCUUUGAGGUACACCGGGCUGUCAAGUGUGGCUACUUCUUCCUGGAUGAUACGGAUCCUGACAGCAUGAAGGAUUUUGAGAUCGUGGACCAGCCUGGCUUGGACAUCUUUGGACAGGUUUUCAACCAGUGGAAGAGCAAGGAGUGUGUCUGCCCCAAUUGCAGCCGCAGUAUUGCUGCUUCCCGCUUUGCCCCCCACCUGGAGAAGUGCCUGGGAAUGGGUCGCAACAGCAGCCGAAUCGCCAACCGUCGGAUUGCCAAUAGCAACAAUAUGAACAAGUCUGAGAGUGACCAAGAAGACAACGAUGACAUCAAUGACAAUGACUGGUCCUAUGGCUCAGAGAAGAAAGCCAAGAAGAGAAAAUCAGACAAGCUAUGGUAUCUCCCAUUCCAGAACCCUAAUUCCCCUCGAAGAUCCAAGUCUUUAAAACACAAAAAUGGGUUCUCUGUCUGUACCUCUGCAUCAAACACCCUUCCCCUUCUUUUUUCUUCUUCAGGGGAACUUAGCAACUCUGACCCUUUUAAGUAUAGCAACUCAACUGGGAUCAGCUAUGAGACUCUGGGGCCUGACGAGCUGCGGAGCCUGCUCACUACGCAAUGUGGAGUGAUUUCUGAACAUACCAAGAAGAUGUGCACAAGGUCACUACGCUGCCCGCAGCACACGGAUGAACAGAGGCGAACCGUACGGAUUUAUUUCCUUGGGCCCUCAGCUGUCCUUCCGGAGGUCGAGAGCUCCUUGGACAACGAUGGCUUUGACAUGACUGACAGCCAGGCCCUCAUCAGCCGGCUUCAGUGGGACGGCUCUUCAGAUCUCUCACCUUCUGAUUCAGGCUCCUCCAAGACUAGUGAAAAUCAGGGAUGGGGUCUAGGUACCAACAGCUCUGAGUCACGGAAAACCAAGAAAAAGAAAUCCCAUCUGAGCUUGGUAGGGACUGCUUCUGGCCUGGGCUCCAACAAGAAGAAGAAGCCAAAGCCACCGGCUCCCCCAACGCCCAGCAUCUAUGAUGACAUCAACUGACUUGGGUGCAAGGGAUAGCCUUUGGCUGAGAGAGCCCUCUCUUCCCGACCCCCACCCAGGCAGCCUAGCCUGGCAUAUGGACAGCUGCUGGGGGUUUGGGCUUGGGAAGCUUGGUGGACCAGGCAGGCAGAGGAUCCAGUUAUAUGCCCCUGGGGGGUGUCAGGGUCCUCUGCAACGAAGCAUGACUCCUCGGCGUACAGGACUCAGACCUGGACAUAUUAUGCCUUGGACAUAAGUUUGGUGGGGAGGUGGUUUUCCUAUUUAUUCUGUGAGUUACUGGAUGUCCAGCUAGGCUGGGGGCCUGACCUGCGCACUGUGCCAGGCCACUGCCUGCUCCCCACCCCAGGAACUGGACUAAGCCCUGCCGAGGGGCAUUGUGGCUACCCAGGUGGCUUUGGGUUGGAAGCUGAGCCCAGAGGGGGCCUCCCCUGGCUGCCCUCAGCAAUGUGAAUGGGUCCGGUGCUUGGAGCUGAGGGGCAGGGCCGGUAUGUCCUGUCUGUGUGCAGAGUCCUAUCAGAUGUCCCCAGUCCCCGGGGUCAGCAGGCACAGUGCUGUCUGCUGAGGUGGGCGUCUAGAACUGCCUCACAGGGGCAGCCCUUUUCCCUCAGUCCCCAUGGGCCUCCUUGGCAGCAGGAGCUGUCCUUUUGUUGUUGGGUGCCGGGAAAGGGCCUCCAGCCUCUACAGCUUCAAGGAAUGGGAAGGGGAGGGUAGGCAGAGGGAGCCUGUAUCAGAGUGGGCCCCUGCCCUCCCUGCCCCAGGGCUGUGAGGAGCGGCCCAGGUGAGAGGGACGGUGCUGCUUUAUUUGAAAUGUUUCUUACCUCAUUCCCUGCCCCAGGAAGGGGCCCAGCCUCACCCUCCUGGGGUGGCCCCGUGUUCUCCCUCCCAUCCCC